UCGUGAUUAUCGAGUUCUUCACCCCACGCCGCGACUCCUCUCUUGACUCUGGCCUCUGGGUCUGGGAAAUGGCCGUAGAGUGGCUUCUGGUUUGCCAUGCCUGCAUCACAUUGUUGGUCGUGGUGUCGUGCCUAUGCGGCCAGUGGCCAAUCUUUCAGGGGACUUUCGUCGAACGUAUUCAUUACUUCUUGACCUUCGGCAUCUAUGAUUAUUUCCUGCGAUUUGUGGAGUUUGUCUUCGGUUCAAAAUACAGAGAUUCGGUUCUCUCUGUGGAAUUUUACUGUUGCGAUCGCCCCAACCCAAUCUUACAGAUAAUAUAUCUAGCGAUAAUUGGAGGAACAUAUUAUUUUAUUGUGAAGUCAUCAUUUAGUUAUAUCCCUGGUUAUUAUCUUAGUGCAGUCCAUAGGUACACAAGUUUGUUGGCAGUUGGUGUGGGUGUGCUGCUCUUUCUAUUGACUAGCUUCUCUGAUCCAGGAACUGUGACAGCUAAGAAUGUUUCUAAAUACCUCACUGCUUAUCCUUAUGACAAUGCCAUAUACACACAGAAAGAAUGUAGAACAUGCAAGAUUCCAAAACCUGCUAGAUCCAAGCAUUGUAACAUAUGUGAUCGCUGUGUAGCCCGGUUUGACCAUCAUUGUGGAUGGAUGAAUAACUGCAUUGGGGAGAAAAAUACCCGCUACUUCAUGGCCUUCCUUCUUUGGCAUUUCCUUAUUUGCUUAUAUGGAGCAAUCGUCCUUGGAUUGGUCCUUGCUGGUCAAUUGAAAGAGUUCAAAGUUAUAUACCUUCUGACAGCUUUUUAUGGCAUCGAGAACUCGUUCUCCAGUUUAUUUCCACAUGUUGUACAGUGGUUGUUAGGUUCCUACAACACGCAGAUACUUCUUAUGGUGUUCCUAGCCGUAGUUUCCUUGCUACUGAUGGGAUUCUUUGGGUACCAUGCCCAUCUCUGUCUUACAAAUACCACUACGAAUGAGAAAUUCAAGUGGCAAGAGUACAUAAGCUGGAAGAGGAAAGUAAAUGAAGCAAAGGUGAGUGCUGCAGCGCUCAAGGCAAGUAUCAGUGGGAUGAGUGUAGAAAAGAAGCCUCCAGAGAGCAAAUGGAGGGCUUUCUUCCGAAGGUCCCCAUUGGAAGAUGCUGAGGCUGUUGUUAAGAACAAUAUUUAUGAUAAAGGAAUACUCUGCAAUCUGUAUGAGGUGGUAUUUCCCCUGUCAACAAGACCAUCGUUUUCUCGCAGCGAAUCAAAAUUGGACUGAAGAAUGCUCAGUGGCUUUUGGCUCCUGCUUGGGCGCCUUGUUGUAUAGUAUUUACUAGUUUGCUUGCUGGCUUUCUUCGGGAAUUACUUAUUUUGGAUGUGCCACAUCCAAUUCAUGGCUUAUUGAUUGGAUGGUCCUGAUCGGUGGUGAUAGGUUAUACAAACUUUGUUUGUUUCUUCUAA